UCAAGACGGCGGAUGAACGGAGCCGAGCGCGUGUGUCGCCCUUGUCGUUCUUUACCGCCGCUGAACGCCGCGUCCGGAAGCCCCAACAUGAUGCUCACACUCCUCCUUCUCCUCGGGGUGCUCGUCUGCGGCGGCCAAGCUACACUGCAGGUGUCCAUCUCCUUGAACAAAGUGGAGUUGAGUGUCGGAGAGUCCAAGUUCUUCAUCUGCACAGCUAUCGGCGAGCCGGUGAGGCUGGAGUGGUACAACCCGCAGGGCGAGCGCAUCCUGGCCUCCAAGCGGAUGGCGCUGCACACGGAGACGUCGCGCUCCAGGCUCAUCAUCUACAACGCCAUCAUCGAGGACGCGGGCAUCUACCGCUGCCAGGCCACCGACGGCGGCGGCCACACCGAGGAGGCCUCGGUGGUGCUGGAGAUCUACCAGAGGCUGACGUUUCGGGAUGUCCAGUCGCCGCAGGAGUUCCGCCACGGCGAGACGGCGGAGGUGGUGUGCGACGUCAUCAGCUCCCCGGUGCCCGUGGUGGUGUGGUACUACCAGGACCGGGAGAUCACCGAGGAGCGCCACAGCAGGUUCCAGGUGCUGCCAAACAACAACCUCCAGGUCCAUCAGGUGACCAAGGCCGACGAGGGCGUGUACCGCUGCGAGGCCAGCGUGGAGGCCCGCGGCGAGAUCGACUUCGUGGACAUCGCCGUGGUGGUCAACGUCCCUCCGGUGUUGUCGGUGUUCCAGCAGUCCUUCAACGCCACCGCCGACUACCAGGAGUCCGUCACCUUCACCUGCAUGACCUCCGGAUCUCCUGACCCCGUGGUCACAUGGCACAGGAAAGGGCAGCAGCUGGAGCCGUCCGAGCAGUACAUCAUCAUCCGGCAGGAGGAAGGAGGCCGCAGCAUGUUGACCGUCCGCAACAUCCGGCAGCUGGACGGGGGCUCCUACACCUGCAGGGCCACCAACAAGGCGGGCUCUCAGGAGCGGGAGAUCUUCCUCAAGGUGUUCGUCCAGCCCCACAUCACGCAGCUGAAGAACGUGACCGCCGUGGACGGCAGCGCCGCCAUGAUCUCCUGCGUGUCCGAGGGCGAGCCGCUGCCCGACAUCGCCUGGAGAAGAGCCAGCGACGGGCAGAGCUUCGUGGACGGACAAGGUAGAGGUCAGGACGGACGCUUCGAGGUCCGCGGUCGCCACGGCAAGUCGGUGUUGACCAUCAGCGGCGUGAGACUCACGGACCUGGGCCGCUUCGACUGCGAGGCCCUGAGCCGGAUCGGGGGUCACCAGAAGAGCAUGUUCCUGGACAUCGAGUAUAUACCAAAGUUCCUGACCAACCACACCAUCUACUACUCGUGGGAGGGCAACCCGGUGAACAUCAGCUGCGACGUGGCGUCCAACCCCCCCGCCACCAUGCUGUGGAGGAGGGAGCGCUUCACCAUCUCGGCGGAGGGGUCCUCCAACACGCGGGUCCACGGCACCGACGGCAAGUCCGUGCUGGAGGUGACGCCGUUGUCCGACCGGGACUUCGGCCGCUACAACUGCACAGCCAGGAACAACAUCGGAGUUCGAUACCAGGAGUUCAUCCUGGCCCAGGCGGACGUUCCGUCCAAUCCGUACUCGCUGCGUCUGUCGGCCGUCUCCCAGCGGCUGGCGACCGUCACCUUCAUGAAGCCCGACUCGCACGGCGGCGUCCCCAUCGGCUACUACCUGGUGGAGUACAAGGAGGUGGGGUCGCAGGAGUGGAGGCACGUCAAGUCCCACAGCGUCCAGACGACCGUGGUGCUGACGGGGCUGGAGCCCAACACGACGUACGAGGUGCGAGUGGCAGCCGUCAACGGGAAGGGUCAGGGCGAGUUCAGCCACACGGAGAGCUUCCAGACCAUCCCCAUCCGAGAGCCGAGUCCGCCGGCGGUCCACGGGCAGAGAGGAAUGGGCAAGGCCUACCGGCUGGGCCUGGUGAAGCAGGACGACGGGGGGAUGCCCAUCGUGGAGUACAUCGUCAAGUACAAGCCGGAUAAGGAGGAGCAGUGGAUGACCAAGCUGGUGCCGGGAGCCAACGACUUUGCGAUGCUGCAGCCGCUGCAGUGGAACACGAGAUACGAGGCGGAGAUCACGGCGCGCAACGUCAAGGGCCUGUCGGAGCCCACCUUCUACCAGUUCUUCAUGCCUCAGGAGCCCGACAUCACAGCAGAAUCCCUGUUCAGCAGCAUGAGCCUGGGCUCGGUGGUGGGCCUGGGCCUGGGAGCGCUGCUGCUGCUCCUGGUGCUGGUGGACGUCAGCUGCUUCUUCCUGCGUCGCUGCGGCCUGCUGAUGUGCAUCACGCGCACGCUGUGCGGCAAGAAGAGCUCCACGGGCGGCAAGGGCAAAGACAUCGAGGAGGGCAAGGCCGCCUACCUGAAGCUACCGCUGAAGGAAGAAAAUGGAAAAGAGUCUCACAAGCCGGAUACGAUUGAAAUCAAAGUGCACGGCGACCACAGCAUACACACAAAGCUCGACGGCGGCAAAGCGUAAAACGGGGAAAAGAGAAGAAAAAAAAGAAGAAGAAGACGAGGGGGGGGGGGGGUUGGGGGGUCGAGACCUCGCCACCAAAAGAACGUUCGGAUCACGACGAGACCAAAACCCAGAGAAAAGUGGAGUUAAAUACCAUAUCUGUUAAUAACAAUGCCGCAGCGACAGGCAUGUGUAAAUACAAAUAACAGGGAGGAAAUGGAGAGGGGGGGUCAACCUUUUAGACCCUCCGGAGUGAUAAAUGUAUCAUGUUCUGAACAAACAUGGCAUCACUGGAAUGCUCUUGGUCCAUGAUUGUAUUUUCUUUUCCCACUUUGGUUCAAUACUCGUUUUUUUGGAAAGUGUAAUAACGCACACACACACACACGCGCGUGUGCAAUGACGCCAUUGUUAGCGAAGCCUUUUUCGUGUGCGUAAGUAUUUUUUGUUCAUUCGUGUUGAGUGAUGGAGAGAAGCAGAAGAAAAAGAAACGGCGAGGUGUUGAAAAGGCCAGAUGUGUCGCGUAGUUGUUGACUCGAGGCACGGGAACAAGCGGGUGUCAAGGUCUGCUGACGAUGAGUACGUCGGUGUGUGUGUGUGUGUGUGCCGUGUGUAAUAUUUUAAUGUUCCAUGCAUCUUCUUUUUUUUAUUUUUUUUGGGUCUGAUUUCCUCUUCUCUCUGAUGUUGUCAUGUGUUGUACAUAGGUGAAAAAAAAGAAUAUUUUACAGAGCUUUUAUGUAAAUAUACCCUGAAAGGAUGUGUCUUUUUUCAAAAUGCAACAGGCGUGGCUUUUUUUGUGAACGCUCCUCAGAGGAAAAAAAAAAAGCUUUUAUUUUAUUUUCGGGGUCCUUCUCUUCUGUUGUGUUUUAGUCCAAAGUUCAGUGAUGGUGUAAAACUGCUUUUUCUAGGCAUUUGCUUUCCCUCAAGAAAAUCCGUGCCCUAAGGCUAUUUUACAGUAAUUAUGGCAUUAGUGUGCCUUCUCUCUUUUAAAUAUAUAUUUUUUACCCCAUCACCCCCUCCACCCCACCCCAUACCCUUGUGGCCCAGCAGUGAACACCUUCAAAUUAUGUUUUGAUCGCGCUGCCUUUUCGCCACAGAAUCUGGUUUGAAUGCAGUGUGUGUGUGUCUGUGUGUGUGUGCGUGCGUGCGUGCGUGUGUAUGUGCAUACAUGCAUGAGUGAGUGAAUAUUCUUGUGUAUGUCUGUUGAAUGUAUGUGUGUAUCUGCUUGUGCCCAUUCAGAUAUCCUACAGUAAGAGGCCACACCCCCCACAAUUUGAAACAAUAUACCUGAAAUCAAAGAUUCAAUAUUAAAGUAUUCUGCCAAUUUAUUUUGUCCUAAUUUAUUUCUCACCUUAAUAAUCUAUUUAUAUUAGAUGCAACAAAAAAAAAAAGUGUAAUAUUGAGUACACUUCUUAGUCCCAUGAUGCAGGUGAUGAAUGUCCCGAGUGUGUAAAAACUGAUCAUGUAGCUCUCGACAGUGAGUAAUUCCCCGGGGCUGCAGCCCCCCCCCCCCCCCCAUAUAUUUUUUUAUCUCAGACCUCACAGCACUGGCUUUGUUUUCUGUACCCUGCAUAUCUCAAAGAGUUGGUCCUGCCUGUUACGACGACUGUAAAUACGGGAGCACAGUGCCUGGAGGCUACAUACGAUUUGUACAUGUUCUUUUGUAUUUGAAUAUGAGUCUUAAAACACCCCCCCCCCACACUCCUCCUCCUCCUUCUCAUCCUCUCCUCCUCCCUCCCUGCCCUCUCGCUUUCUGUCGACUCCUCCUCCUCUUCCUCCAUGCCUCUGUCCUUUUUUUCGUGUCGGGGGUAAAAACAGGUGUGCUUGAGCUCAAUGUACAGUGUGUGUCCCCCCCCCCCCCCCCCCCGUGUCCAUGCUGAGUGUGCUUUGUGCAGGAGGUGGGAACUAUUGAUGUCUCUCUGUACGUACCCGUGGAACACUUGUGUCAUUUGCCGCUGUAAAUAAACAUGUGCUGGUAGAAGAAAGUGA